CAAAUGUCAAACUAAGUGUCAAAUCAAAUUUAUUUACUAAUUUCUAUUUUUCUAUAUUGUAAGUUUUAUUGAAACAUUGACAAAAUCAAGACACAAAAUCUAUCUACUAAAACAAUAUACAGAAAUUUGUUUAAUUUUAUCAAUAACUGUCAAAAUGGGUUUAUUCGGUAAAUCUCCUGAACGUAAUCCAAAAGAAAUGGUAAAUGAAUGGUCACACAAACUUCGAAAAGAAGGGUACAAUUUAGACAGACAAAUCCGAGGCAUACAAAGAGAAGAGGAAAAAAUAAAGCGGUCACUAAAGGAAGCGGCCGGAAAAUAUGACAAACAAGUGUGUACAAUAUUAGCCAAGGAAAUCAUUAGAUCGAGGAAGGCAAUCAGUAAAAUAUACACAAGUAAAGCUCAUUUAAAUUCUGUGCAGAUGCAAAUGAAGAAUCAGCUAGCUACAUUACGAGUGGCUGGAUCACUUCAGAAAUCUACUGAGGUAAUGCAAGCUAUGCAAGCUUUGAUAAGGUUGCCAGAAGUAGCACACACAAUGCAAGAGCUGAGUAAGGAGAUGAUGAGAGCUGGUAUUAUUGAAGAAAUGCUUGACGAGACAAUGUCAAGUGUAGAAGACGAGGAAGAAAUGGAAGAAGCGGCACAGACUGAGGUUGAUAAGGUGUUAUGGGAAUUAACACAAGGAAAACUGGGCGAAGCGCCCGCGCCGCCUACCGCCGUAGCCGCGCCAUCAACUAGCAAGGAGGAAGAAGUUGCUGAACCUGACGAGAGUGAGCUAGAUGAGAUGCAGUCUCGAUUGGAAGCACUAAGAUCAUAGAACGGAGAGUUUUGUUAUUGAUAAAUGUAAACAAGAUCUUGGUACUAAUGGGCACAGCAGUGUCAUGUGCAAAAAUUAUUGCCUUACGAAUAUUAUGUAAAUAACAUUA